AUGAACCAACACAAGACCGACGACAAUCUCCGUUACGUCAGUGGCCUCGCAUGUGUUCUGGCCGCCGAUGCCUCCAUUUCCUUUGAAAAUUUGAGGUGUCAACUGCCUAACGAAGGUGUUCAGAACGUCGAUGCCGGUGGUGAUUGCGAGAAGAACGAAGAUGAAGACAAUUUCUCUUUCACCUACACCAACCCUGACAGAUCGCCGUUUUCCACCAACGAUAUAUUCCAAAAUGGCCAGAUCCGUUUGGUAUUCCCGAUUUUCAACCGGGAUCUCCUGUUCACCGAUGCUGAUGACAACGAUUCUUCCAGAGCCAGAGGGGCUGCCGCUUCCUCUUCCUCUCUGCGGCCGCCAUUUGAGAAGCUCUUCUUUGAAGAGCGGGAUACGCUGACCUUGGUAAUGUUGUUUUACAACUCAAGAGGUGGACUCGGGUCCUAA